AUGAGAGGAAGCUCUGUGAGCGUGCUAUUUUCAGGAGCCUAUUCCUCUAUGAGUCUCUCGCAUGAGUUGAUCGAGGAGGAUGAAAAUCCAAUUAUCGGCUUCAGUGGCGAAGUUACAAAGGAGAUUGGGAAAGUAAAGAUGCCAAUAACUGUAGCUUACAAGUCCGUUCUAGGCAACUUCUUGUUGAUGGAUUGUCGAGCUCCAUAUAAUGCGAUCGUAGGACGAGACUGGAUGCAUGCGAUCGGUGCAGUCACAUCCUCGUAUCAUCAAUUCCUGAAGUUUAUUACACCUGAAGGGGUCCUGAAAGUGAGGAGCGACCAGAUGGAAGCUCACAAAUGUCACGAGCACGCCAUGGAAGAAUACCAGAAAUCAGAACCAGUUCGUCAGAAAUUCAAGAAUAUAGCGCAAAGCAAAAAAGAUGGAGUUGCUGCAGAAGUCGAGAAACUGUUAGAAGCGGGCUUCAUUCGGCCGGUACAAUAUCCUCACUGGCUGUCCAAUGUCGUGCCAGUUCCAAAGAAGAAUGGUAAAAUUCGUGUCUGUAUCGAUUUUACUGAUUUAAAUAAAGCAUGUCUGAGUGAUCCGUACCCACUUCCGCGGAUAAGAGAUUUGGUGGAUGCAACCUCAGGGUAUUGGAGACUGUCAUUCAUGGACGGUUUUUCAGGGUAUAACCAAAUACCUUUAUUCGAGGAAUAUCAAGAUCAUACUGCCUUUGUAACUGACAAAGGAGUCUACUGCUAUACUGUGAUGCCGUUCGGGCUAAAGAACGCAGGAGCAACCUACCAACAUUUGGUAGACGAUAUGUUCAAAGAUCUGAUUGGGAAGACGAUGGAGGUAUACAUCAACGAUAUGGUAGUGAAAUCUGAUCAAAAGGAGUCUCAGUUUCUCGAUAUACAGAAGACGUUCAAUAUCUUGAGGCGAUAUCGCAUGAAGCUCAACCCAGCAAAAUGUUCAUUCGGGUUAUCCUCAGAAAACUUCCUUGGAUACUUGAUGACCCACAUAGGAAUCGAGGCGAAUCCGGAGCAAAUCAGAUCCAUUAGAGAUACGCCAUCCCCAAGAACGAAGAAGCAGGUCCAGAAGCUAGUAGAGCGAUUAGCAGCUUUAAGUCGAUUCAUUUCACGCUCUAAAUCACUGACAGGGGCCAAAACACGGUAUAAAGAGAUUGUGAAAAUAUCACUGGCACUGUUGCAUGCAUCACGUCGCCUCAAGCCGUAUUUCCAAGGAAGGCAGAUCGUAGUCUAUUCUGAAUAUCCGCUGAAGAGAAUCCUGGAGCGUGCUGAUGAUUCCAUCCGACUAGCAAUACGGUCAAAUUUUAUGGGGGCGUAUGAAAUCAAGUACGAAACCAGAACUGCAGAGAAGGGACAAGCAUUGGAUGCAUUGUUAGCAGAUUUCCAUGUGGACGACAUAGAAACAGUUACCGAAGAAGAAGAGUUGUUCUACAAACCCGAAGAGUCAACCACUAAUCAGGCCGGGGGCGAGUCCAGAAUGGAGGUUGAUACGCCUAAGCCACUGCGGACUGUUUUUAUUGAUGGAUCAUCAAACGUUGGUGGAUCUGGAGUUGGAUGUGUCAUCCUUACUCCUGAAGGAUCAAUGAUCGAGAAAGCGACUAGAUUGGGUUUUCUUGCAUCCAAUAAUGAAGCCGAGUAUGAAGCAGCGAUUAUCGGGUUAAAAGCUGUCAAGCAGUUGGAGGAAAAAAACGUGAAGCUGAUCGCUGAUUCCAUGCUAGUAGUUAAUCAGUUUUUGGGCACUUACAGAGCGAAGGAAGAAACGAUGGCCUUAUAUUUGGAUCGUAUGAGAGAGCUGGUAAACGAAUUUGAUCAGUUGUCUAUUGGGCAGCGACCACGGUUGGAAAACAGGCACACAGACGCUUUAACAUAUUUGUCUUCCGCAGUUGAUACUGACGCCACUCUUUUCAUUGUAGUGGAUUUCCAUGAGUUACCUAGCAUCUCCAACAGCCACUUUGUUCUGGAUCUCGAACACGCUAGUGGAGGAGAGAAGGUAACUACAUCAGUACAGGAAGAUAUCAACAACAUUGACAACAAUAUGGAUGUUGACAAUCCAGUGAUAGACAAUUCAGACAAUCCUGUUGAAAACUCUUCAGACUGGUUUGAACCUUAUAUUCGGUAUUUGACAACCAGUGAACUCCCAGAAGAUGAGAAUCUCGCUUCAAAAGUGAAAAAUAAUGUAUGGAGAUAUUCAAUGAUCGAGGGACAUUUACUGAACCUGUAG